UUUUUGUUGUUUUUUCGGAGUGGCGGUGAACGGUUGUUGUGGGUGUUCGUCGGCGAGUCGCGUUUUUCGCUCCGCUAAAAACAAAUUUGCUACCAAUUCAGGCAAAAGCGCAUUUAAUCAAGCCCAAAAAGUGAUUCGGCCUUCGAAAAAGCGAAAAAACCGUUACAAAGUGGCGCAAAUCAAAAGCAAAGUAAGCAAAUCGAAGCAAAGUAAAUAAAAGUGCAUACGAAUGAGCGUGGAAAGGAGAAGCGAAAUGCAAGUGCGUGCCAACAAAUGAGAAAUAAGAAACCGAAAGGAAGCAAACGAAGAUAAGAAGCGAAAAGUGCAGCGAAUGAGGGACAAACGAGAGAGCUGCAACAAAUAAAAAGAAGAAAAUUCGGUGCGGCAUUUUCUACGUGACGCAAAAUUAAAUGCGCUCUCUCCCUCUCUCUUUCCGUCUUUCUCCCCCUCGCUCUUUGUUGAAAUUUAACGAACAGGGUCAAAAUAAAUAAAAAAAAACACGUCGCUGGAAUACUUGUGUAUAUAAAAAUUCUAGGUAAUUCCUACCUUCCGUUUCUUUCGCGGUUAACGCGCGUGAUUUAUAAACUCGUAUUCAAGAUACAAAAAAAGAUACAGCCGUGCAUUGAACCUGCUGAAAACGCUGGCCACCAGUAAUCAGUCAACAACAUGGAAAACAACAUCUGUGCAAUAGUCGAAUACGAAUACGCGGCCAAGGAGCCGGACGAGCUGGAUCUCCAGAAAGGUGCCAUCAUCCAUCGGAUCAAGCAGAUGCCCGGCGGCUGGUGGCAGGGCACCCUGAAGUCCUCCGGCGUCACGGGUAUGUUUCCGGACAACUUUGUCCGUGUGCUGGAGUCCGGAAUCAGCAGCAAUGGCAACGGAACCUCUGGCAGUGGGGACCACAUCGACGAGCCAACAGCUGUGCAACUGAGGGACAAAUCCGCGACAUCGAAUCGCCGCUGCAAAGUCAUCUACAGUUACACACAAGUCAACGACGACGAACUGACGCUCGCCGUGGGUGAUGUCAUUGAAUUCCUAGGGGAGGUCGAGGAAGGCUGGUGGCGCGGUCGUCUGCGCAGCAAAGUCGGCGUCUUCCCAUCGAACUUUGUGCAACAUAUCGAGCCGUCUCCCGUUUUGGCCUCCAAACGGCCACCGACAAUUGGCGCCACCGUGACCACAUCGUCGCUGACGUCCAAGGCGGCAAAUGUGGCCAAUGUGGCAGCCACAUCCACAGUGUCAACGGGAGGGGGAUCGAUUGGCACCACCGCCACAGCAAAGCAGGCCACCAAGAGCAGGGUGAUUGCGGCAGGAACAUCUUCUCCAGCGGAACCAGCGGCCAUAUUUUCGGGAUCGGGAUCGGGAUCAGCGGCAGCAGCGGUACCCAUGCUGCCACCCAAGCCCCAGCGGGAAUUCUGCCGGGUGGAGUUCCCCUACGCCCCGCAAAACGACGACGAGCUGGAGCUCAAGGUGGACGACAUAAUCACAGUGAUCACCACGGAGCUGCCGGACAAAGGCUGGUGGAAAGGAGAAAUCCGCGGAAAAGUGGGCGUUUUCCCCGACAACUUUGUCAAGAUGCUGGCUCCCUCGGAAGCAGCUCCGCCGCUGCCACGCCCACGAACCCGCGCCAGGGGCGGAGUGGGCGCCGGAUCCGGGUCCGGAACGGGACCCGUCCUUAUAGACGGGGUCCGCACUCCACGGCGGACGCAGCGAGGCGGCUCUUUCGAGUUCUUGGGCGCGCGUAUGGCCAGCUUUAUCACCACGAUUUUUGCACCGAUCAACGAGCCGCCAACCACCACGCAGCCCCAGAACCAGAGGAAGAUCAGCAGCACCGCCAGCCACAUGACCACAACGAACUCCAGCAACGCCAGCAGCACCACCUCGGUGACCACGCAGCAGCAGAAGGAGCAGAUCGGCGGCGGCAGCUCCUCCACCACGUCGAAGGUGUACAUCAAGAAAACCGGGAGCAGCAGCAACAGCACCACCAGCAGCACCACCACAGCCUCAUCCUCGGCGGGUCGCAAGGAGAGCUUCGGCUCCCGUGACUCCCUCAACGACAUCCUGAGUGAGACGGGUCUGCCCACCGGCAAUGUGGCCGCCCAGAGGAAGUCCCUGGAGAACAAGAACCUGGAUCUGACCAAACCGCCGGGUGUGGGCGCCUCAGUGGCCAUUGGACAGCAGCGGAGCAGCACCUCCAGUGCCACCACCUCCUCGUCGGCCACCACAAUAUCCACCGGACUGACCUCCUCGGCAGUGAGCAAAUCCCUGGAGAACAUGAUGGACGAGAAGGUCAAGUCGCCACCGCCGCCGGUGCUCAGCAAGAAGCCAAGUGUGCCGCUCAAGAAAACUCCCACGGGUGGAGUGCCCGUGGCUGGUAAUCUACUGGGCGGCAAGAAAAAGAACCCCGAGGGCAAGCUCACCACUGCAGUGUCCCACGAUUUGGCAGAUGGUCUUACGGCGAGUAAGAUGCUCACAGGUGCUAAUCAACUGCCAGAAUCCGGAGCAGCUGGCAACGUGGUGAUCCGGAGAGCGGCUACCAUCGCUGUGGAGGAUACGGACUUCGAUCGCGUGGAGCGGGCCUCGAUACUCACGGACAUGCGGCAGGGAAGGGUCAAGGCGCCAAAGAGACGUCCUCCAUCGGCGGCCAUAAAUGUCCUAGGCGAGAGCAAUAACAAUUCCGUAUACGUGAAUGGCAGUGGAAUGGCCGGAUCCGGAGGAGGAGCGGGAAGUGCCAGUGAGCUGAGUGAAGAUGGCGGUGCUGGAGGAAAGACCUCCGAUGACAAUUCCACGGGUGAGGAGCCACAGCUGGCCAAACCGAAGCCACGCGAGUGGGAGAAGAAGAAGGCGCCCUGGAUGGAGGAGCUCAAGGCCUCGCAGGUCACUCGGAAGAAGACCUCGCCCAGUGUGGAGCCCCGGGGAGCUUCGGUGGCCGAAAGGACCUCCAAACUCUUUGCCGCCGAGCAGGCCAUCAGCAGCAGCAGUAGUAGCAAUACCACAACGAAAGUGCAAUCCUCUUCGGUGACGUCCUCAAUGUAUGUGGAGAACUCAACGACCAGCAGCAGUUCGGUGACCACCAGUAGCUCCAGCACCACCACCAACGAUGCCAUCAUGUCCCGCAGCUUGACGGCUGCCAAGGUCCAAGCAGCCAGCAGCGACGAGGAGACGAAGGCCACGAGGCCAAACAGUCUGGCCAUUCGAAAUCAACGAAGUGUUUCACCUCUGGUUAAGAGCUCCAAUGCCAGCAGCUCGCAGUCGCAGGAGGAGAAGGAGAAGCCCUCCAGCCAGCUGAACAACCAUCAGGAUGCCGGCUCCACGAGGGUGGCCCAACUGGAGCAGCGGGUGGACAAGCUGGAGGGACUGGUGCUGAACCAACAGCGAACCAUCGAGGAGCUGGUAAAUGCCCUGAAAUCCGAGGCCGAACGCGUCAAGAUUUUGAGGAGCGAACUGGACAAAUAUGCGCACAAGCAAACGCGCCGCGGGAAAUUCGACAAUUGGAUGUUCUAAUUGAUCAGCGGAUAGCGCCGUCAGAUCGAACCAUCAAUAUAAAUUGUAAUCUGCUAGAGAUUCAUGACCCACAGACCCGCCUGUACAAAAUAUUCCUUUUUCUUUUGUGAUAAGCCUCUGCAUAACCAGCUAUCUGUAGUCUAAUCGAAUCAAUCUGCGUAGCUAGCGACCCGCAAUUCCCGAUUGUUAGCAAAUAUGUUGUGGUUUAGUUGAAAAUAUCGCAUUUUGUACCGCUUAAAUUGUAAAUAUUAUUGUAAAUUAAUAUGGGAUAUAAAAUAAACAUUUCAUAAUUAGUAAAAAA